UAAUGUCGUUGCAGAAAGUGUUUGAAUUUCCAAUAUGAGACAAUAUCUAGUUUUUGCUCUCGUCUUCGUGACAGUUCUUGUCCUGAUCAGCGGACAUCCACUGGAGGAUCAAAAGGUUACCCUGGAGGAUGCUGAAGCACAGCCCGGCAUUGAUGAUGGAUCUGGAAUAAGGGCUGUCCGUCACUUUGGCGGCGGAUUUCGACGCGGUGGAUUCUGCUGCGGAGGAGGAGGAGGUGGUGGUCACCGACGAGGUGGAUACGGUGGCUAUCCAGGCGGAGGCUACGGCGGAGGUGGCUUCGGAGGAGGUAGUGCAUCAGCCUCGGCGUCAGCCUCAGCCAGUUCCAGUUGGGGACGUAAAUAAUUAUAACUUUCUUAAUUGAGGCGAAAAUAGACAAAAGUCGAAACGAAAACAAAAA